AUGGGGGCAUCCCCGCUGGUGACGGAGGAAUCAGACUCACCACGCCAAAACGAGCGGCGGAAGGACGGGGACGAGGAACAAGGGGAUGCUGGCGUUGAGGCUGCUGGACGGGAGGAGCGGUCGGCAGCCGAGCCGGAGCCGCGGGAGGGGCCGAGACAGACGGCGCAAGAUGAAGCACCGACGGGAGCUGAGGCUGCACCGGCAGAACCGACGGCGGUAGUGGAGGAGGUGCGGGAGGAAGCACAGGCGCCGGCUGUAUCUGAAGGGAGGCGAGCGGAGGCAGAGCCAGCGCUUGCGGCGGCUGAGGCGGCGGGGGAAGAGCGGACGGCGGCUGAGGAACCUGCCGAGGGGGAGGAAAUGGCCUUGGCCGCCAUGGCUGAUGGCGGGGACGUCGGGGAUGACGGAAGGGCUGACCCCGCGGGCGGAGGUAGUACGGCGUUCGACCAGGCGGCGGGUGAUACACAGGGCGACGGGAGUCCGGGGAAGAACGCCGCCCACGCCCCGAUCCGCCGCUCGAUUCGGCUUCAACCAAGUCCGCGGCGGCUCGGAGCAGGGCUGGCACCUGGCCUCCCUGGCCCCCUUCGGGGGUGGGAGUGCCAGACCUACCAACCACGACCUCACGACGAGGGGCCUUCGCGGCCUUACCCGUCAUCGACGAGGGCGGAGGAGGAGGAAGCAGGCGAAUUACCAGCAGAGGAGGAAAUUCUGCAACCGCCAAGGGAACGCGAGAUCUGGGAGAUCACGAAGGGGAGGAAAUGGGAGGACUGGAGGGGAGCAACAGCACAGGGAUCCGCCACGCGUGGUCCCGAUAGGCCAACUUGCCGGCGCGGAAGUGAGAGAAAUGCGCCCACCCGAAGUGAUAGCUGGGGACGAGAACAUCUGGCGUCAGGUGGCAGAAUGGGAGGUGGACUGCCUGCAAAGCAGUGA